CCUCCAAAAGUUAUGGCUUGGAUUCUAAAUUUGGAAGGCUAUCUGCGUUUAUCAGUUUGCGAUUUCUAAACCUUAAACGAAUAAUCUUGUAUUAACUCGAUUUUUAGUUAAUACAGAUUCUCUGUUUAGGGUUUAGAGUUUAGGCAAGAUUCACAGCAUGUUCAUCAGUUUCAAAUCAUUUUAUAAAGGAUUCGUUAUGCAAAAUAUGCUUGGGAGAAAAACAUCAAGGUUUGCUAAUAGAUGCAUUUUCCAUUAGAAGAAUCAUAAGCACGUGCAAUUCAAUACCGUGGUUCUUGGAAGUUUAUGUAAGACUUACUAUAUGGAGAGGAGGAUUUUGAUCUGAUUAUACCAUGCAUUCAUUUACAAACUUUUUGUACUUGAUAGAGGUUUCAAGAGGUACCUCGUGUUUCAGAAGUAGAAAUAGUGAGACAGGUGGUAGAAUAUGGAUGUAUAGUAAGUUUUAUGGUUAAUAUUGAUCAAGUGCUACUCGUUGACAUACUGCAUCUCACGUACGGCCUUAUUGAGUAUGGAUUUAUAUUAUCACCCAUUUUUAAGGGACAGAGGUGAAUCAAGUAGGAUUGCCUUGAUUCGCGAAAACAUUAAAUGGAAGUGGUUGAAUAUCGAUAUAUAAGUAGUUUACCUACCUGAUGUAUGGCCUUUUUUUGGUACUACUUUGUACUCAUUUUCAGAGUGUCACCCAUUUUUAAGGUUCUGCUGCUUAGGAUAUGUAGGCACCAUUGCUUCUCUAUUUUCUGUUGCCUAUGGUAACGAGCAAUUCAAAUUGUAAUGGGCAUUCCUGUUCCCUGGUGGUCUCUACAUAUCUUCAGAAAGCUACCUUGUAAUUAUUGGAAAGAGGAUAAAAUGGGACUGAAGAUGAUCUCCCUCAUCAAAAUAGAAUUCAAAGAGGUGGUGGCACUGCUGGGAAUGGAAGGCCUUCUAUCGUGGGUUCUGUUCCAUAUCCUAGGAUAUAUGAUGAAACUGAUAUGGAAGACAAAAUUCAUCUGCUCGAGCAAGAAGCAUAUAGAUCAGUCCUGAGAGCCUUUAAAGCUCAAGCCGAUGCCAUUACUUGGGAGAAGGAAAGUUUAAUAACUGAACUCAGGAAAGAGUUAAGACUGUCAAAUGAAGAGCACAGGGAACUUCUUGGCCAGGUUAAUGUAGAUGAAACGAUCCAAAGAAUAAGGGAGUGGAGACUGUCUGGUGGCUUUCAACCAGGCAUGCAUGGUGUUGGUCAAACUGUCCACGGUUCCUUGCCCCCUUCCUUCCCAGCUUCUCAUAAAAAAGAGAAGAUAGCCUUUGGAGGUCCCUCUCUUUUUCCCUCACAGUCAAUGAACCUAGCAAACCAGCCACCUUCAUCAGCUGUAAAGCAUGGACCCAUAAUGGGGCUGAAGAGCCAGCAGCACAAACGAGGUCAGAUACCCCCUGGUGCAUCUUCAAUAAAAAUGCAAUAUCCAUCCUCUAUUUCUGCUGGAAGAGGUCAGUUUGGUAACCGUAUUUCUUCAGGUGGCCUUACAGGAGGUUCAUUUGAUCCAUUAAUUGGAAGGAAAGUAAGGACCAGAUGGCCUGAUGAUAACAAUUUCUAUGAAGCUGUCAUAGCUGACUAUAGUCCGGCUGAGGGACUACAUGCUCUUGUUUAUGAUAUGGGCACUCCACAUGAAACAUCGGAGUGGGUCAACUUUGCUGAGAUCCCUCCUGGAGAUGUUCAAUGGGAAGGUGAAGAUCCUGGAAGUUUCCAUCAUGGAGGUUAUGGGUCAAAUAGACCAAUUGUGCGCGAGUCUGCUCCAGGUGCAGGAAGAGGUAGGGGCCUGAACAAAAGUCAAUCUGGGAAGGAUUUUCUGCCAUCACGGAAUGGCAUUGGAGAUGCAGGAGAUGGUGUUAUUGAAAUUUUCAACACUGAUGCUCUAAUUGAGAAGGUGGAAAGGAUUUUUGGGCAUGAUCAUCAAGACCCUAUGGACAUAGAGAAGGCAAAGAAACUUCUGAAGGACCAUGAACAAGAGCUUACCAAUGUCCUUGCAAGGCUUGCAAGUAUAUCGGAUGGUGAAGAUGAUGAUGGCGAUUUAGGACAUGGACAUCCAAUGGACUGAAAUUGGCAAUUUAAUCAUCAUGGGAACAAUUUGGACGGUAAAAGUGGUUUAGAUCGUGGCAGGUAGGGUAGGCGGUUUAGGA